UGUGUGAGUUGCGUGACCGGGAUGCGGCGAUGCGGCACGUUUGUUGGGGGGCUCCGCCAAAAAAGCGCAGUACCCCUCAACGGGUUGAUUCAUCACGCUGCUACCACGCUUGCACACGCAAUCCGUGCGAAGCCAUGGGGCGGAACAAGAAGAAGGGGCGUGGCGGAGGGCCUGGAAUCUCGAAGAAAAUGUCAGACGGAAGCAGGCAAGGGCGAGAGGCUGCGAAAGCGGGAGGCGGAACGUGCGGAAAAGAGAGCCAACAAGAGGCGGAAGCUGGGGAAAAAGCCGCUGACGGUGGACAGGUCCGGCGGGUACGAGAGCCGCCCGAAGAAGCACGCCAACAAACGACGCCUCGAGUUGGCCAGGCUGGAAAGAUUGGUGUCGAAGCAGGAGGAGCUUUUGCGAGACUACCGGCCACCGGUGCACGUGGCCCCGCUCGACCCGGAGCUGAAGCGCAAGAGGCGUCGGCGCGACUUCUACGACCUAGACACGUCGCACUGGAAGCUCACGGGGGCGGCGAGGCCAGCGGACUCGCUCCCGGGGGCCGGGGGCACGGAGCUCGUGAACGAGCGGGAGGACUGGGAGGCCGGCGAGGACCUGUUCCAGAAGCUGGCGGGCGUCAGCAGCAGCGAAGGCUUCGGCGGCGGAAACGACAGCGACGACGACAGCAGCGAUAGCGGUGACGACGAUGGUGGCGGUGAAGAGGGCAGAGUCAGGAAGAAAAGGGAGACUGGUGGAGGCGGCUUCUAUGAAGGGCCGGAGGCCUGCAGAGAGUACCUCGACCUGAACCACCAGCUUGCCCAAAGGCUGCACGACGGCGGCAAGGAAUCCCAGAUGGAAGAGGCCCUCAAGCGGUACCAGAGGUCGCUGGAGCUCGACCCGGUGGACCACGUGAAUGCGAGAAGAGGUCUGGUCCGUCUUCUGCUGGACGGGGGCAACGCGGACAAGGCCCGAGCGGUCAUCGAUAGGUUUCCCGAUGAUCGCGGGUGCGAAAUGGCCUGGUCGCUGGCGGCGAUCGAGUUUGUGGCGUGGUCGGUGCUGCAGGAGGACGGCUCCGGGGAAGAGGUUGCUGGCAAGGCUCUCCGGGAGGCAUGCGGGGCGAACCCGUUCGUGGCGUGGAACAUCGCCCACCGAGAAGUGUUCGACGAGGUGGUGGAGCAUGCAGAUGAGAUCGAAAGCCCUCCGGCGGGGUCCGUGAUGGAGGCGUUCUGGUACAUGGUACGGGAGGGGGGCCUGUGGGAGAGCCUGGAGGGGGCGUCGGAGUGGGUGGCUGACUUCUUGCUGCAGAACGAAAUGCUUCCUCCGAAUCCGCACCAGGGCGAUGAUGGUGUGGUGGCCGGUGAGGACAGCAAGGACGACAGCGGCGGCAACACCAACGACGGUGGAGGUCGGGAGGAGAAGCGAGUCCGCCAGGCUUCUGCUGAUGAGGCAGGUGAUCGUGAGGAGGAAGGCUCGAAGAUUGUGCUGUCAGAGGGCGACAUGGACAACGACGAGAGCAACGCGGGAAUGUUUGCCAACAUGUUCGAGACCGCGGUGGGCAUGGCCGCGGAGUUGGCCGAGCAGCAGCUGGGGAUGGAAGAACGGGAAGGAGAGGAAGAGGCGAGUGCAUAGGGGCGAGGCAUCGUUGGCCGGGUAGCGAGGGGGAGCGAGCGGGAGGAAACAAAAGGUGACGAAGUGGGCAUUCUUUUCAUGAAAAAAAGAGGCAGGGUUUUCGGCGGGAUUUAUUUCGGACUCGGAAGAGUCGGAAGAGAGCAGGCAACAGCAGCACCUGAGCGGUGCCAACGAGGAAGGAUUUUGUUGAAAUAAUCUUCGAAACCUGGAUGCGGGUGUCGUAAUUAUCGAACGAUCUAGGAUUAUUUUUCCCGCGGUGGAGGAUCAAGCUUAAGCCGCCAGUGCUCGCUGAAUGUUUCUGAAAUCACCGCCGGCAUGGCGCAUUUGGAUUUUGGACAACGGCAGUGGUGGUGGCGAGCGUGUCUUCAGAGGACAAGGUUAGGAUACUGGAGGGGGGUGGGCGAAGUGGCCGUCACGUCUGACAGUGCGUUUCAAAAGUUAUAUGCCGUGAUUGCCGGGCUGUAGGCCUCAUGGGGGAUGUGUUUCGGCCCAUCCAGCGGCGGAGGUUCGGUGACGCUAGCCUAAACGAAAAUAACACGCCAGAGGAAGAUUUUUUGUAGAACCUCUGCUAUGAUCAAGGACAUCAACCGCGGGGAUGACCCUCCCGUGCCUCUUUAAGGACGACGGUUCUUCACAGCAACACUGGGGGAGUUUCUGACCCUCAUCACGGACCCAAAGCCCUUUUUUUGUUCAUCGCUU